UUCACCACCACACACGGAUUUACGGAUGAUGCUCCAUUCCUGCUGCUAAGCGCUCACUAGUAGCAGUUUCACGACUCGGGGAGGAUUCACUGAUGCUUAUUCUAGCAUUACCUUAUGCUCCUUUUUCCUCUGUCAUCGAGCCGACUCGGAUAGCAGGCCAUGGCGGGGUGCCGAGCUGUCUUUUGCGGGGUGGCCCUUCAUAAGGCUCGCCCUGUCCUCUUGCUGGGCUUUCUUUUUGGUGGUUGAUUUUGUGGAUUCUGGUUGUCUACUUUUGGCCUUUUUAAAAUAUCUCUCAUAAGUUACUAUUAGCUUUACCUUUGGUUGGGGAAUACAGCUAGUCGAUAAUAACAACUCAAUUCUAUCUCUGAUUAUUCAAUACCGACACCAUGGAUCCAUCUCAGGUCAAGAUCCCACCGAUGAAGAACCUCACGGUCGACAACAUCACAGAAAACGUCAUCCGGAUCAACUCCCUCUGUGAAGACGAGCGCAUGAAAUAUGUGCUCGAGAGACUGGUCACCCACCUCCACGAUUUCGCCCGUGAAACCAGAUUGAGCUCCAGCGAGUGGAUGACCGGAUUGCACUUUUUGAAAGAGGUCGGGCAGAUUAGCAGUGAUGUGCGACAGGAAUUCAUCCUCCUCUCCGACGUCCUCGGUCUAUCCAUUCUAGUCGACUCCAUCGACCACCCCAAACCAGAAGGCUCCACGGAAGGCACCGUCCUCGGCCCCUUCCACACCCACGAAGCAGAGGAAAUGGCGCAGGGCGAUUCCAUGUCCCACGAUCCCAAGGGCGAGCCUCUCCUCGUCGUCUGCACCCUCCGCGACACCAACGGCAACCCCGUUGAGGGCGUCAAGAUCGAUAUCUGGGAAACAGACUCUACAGGACACUAUGACGUGCAGUACGCAGGUCGCGACGGGCCAGACGGCCGCUGCAUCAUGCGCAGUGACAAGGAUGGUGUCUUCUGGUUCAAUGCGAUUACACCUGUCCCGUACCCGAUUCCACAUGAUGGGCCUGUGGGGAAGUUGUUGAAGAAGUUACAUCGUCACCCGUACCGCCCGUCGCAUAUGCAUUUUAUGUUCGAGAAGCCGGGAUACGAUCAUCUCAUCACAGCCCUCUACCUCCGUAACGACCCCUAUGAAACCUCCGACGCCGUCUUCGGCGUCAAGGACUCCCUCGUCGUCGACAUCGGGCGCGCCGGCCCCGAACUCGCAAAGAAAUACAACGUCUCCGAGGACCACGCCUUGUUAACAUAUGACUUUGUACUGGUUUCCGAUGAGGACACAAAGGCUCUGCGCGAGAAGAAUUCCAGGUUUGCGUUGGAUAAGUUGGGCAUGCAGGUGAAGAUUGUGAAUGGGUUGCCUGUGCCUGAUUUGGAUUAGAUUGCUUUUUUUGUUGUUGUAUAUAUACCAGUACCUAACUAUCUAUGCGGAAUGAAUUGAUUGUGUGUCUAUGGUGU